AUGUCUGCGCGGGGCCGUGCGAGUCGGUUCAAAGAUGCGUCAGCGGACGCAUCGGGAUUGUCAUUACCCCAUGAUGUCUCUUUCGGAUCGUACCAAUCUUCUUUCGCCUCUCCAGGACCACCCAGCCGCAAGCCAUCCGGAUCAGCUCAGACCGUGUCCUCCAAUCCCUCGUCGGCGCCUAUAGCCACGCCUUCACCCGUACCUCGCAGGAGGAGUAGUAUCCGCACUGUUACCGCCCAGGAUGAGAAUCCAGGAGUCAGUACACCAAAGGGUCCACCCCGAAUCAAUAGCUUUGUACUGCGCGACGUAGAUGACUCUCUCGAUCGACUUGCAGAAAUAAGUGGAAAUGGACCAGACAGUCCCGCACCUAGUCCUGACAAAGAAAAGCGCACUCUACUACUAGAUUCCACCCCUGGUCGUACCAAGUUGAAAGAUGCUAAGGCUGCUGCCACGGACAAGGGACCAACAAUGACACUUCGAGAGCAGGAGAAACUAAUUGAUCAAGUCAAGCGAGAAAACUUUGCACUUAAACUAAAGGUUCAUUUUCUUGAAGAGCGUCUGAAUCAACUUGCGCCUGAUCACCUCGAAGCUGCUCUCAAGCAAAACAUCUCGCUAAAAAUCGAAGUUCAAUCCCAACGCGUCGAACUAAAGAAGCACAAAAAGGCAGCUACCGAUGCCGAGCGUGCGAUGGCCGAACUGCGUCGCGAGAUGGAGGCUUCGGGAUCCAGCUCAACUGCGUUGCAAGAGGAGCGUGCUAGACGGAUUGAAACCGAACGAUUACUCGAUGAACGCGACCGGGAAUUACGUGCCUUGCGUAGGCGCGUCGGAUCUGGAGGAAGUGCAACCGGAGAGGUUCAGGACCUACGUGCGAGGAAUGCCCAGUUGGAGGACGAGCUUGAAGAAGUGAGACAAGCAUUGGUCGAAACAAACGAGGCACUCGAACGCUCAGGUGCCGCGGUGGUGGAAGAGUUGGAGGACGAGAACGCAGCGCUGAGGCGCGAGGCCCAAGCUCAACUCGAUGCCCUCGCCCAGUUAGGAGAAGAACGCGACGAUGCAUUGGAAGAAUUGGAUGCUAUAAGACUGGCACACGAGCAAUUGAUUCGUCGCCAUGAGUCGUCUCUGCAAGACCGUUCGGCUUCUCGCUUGCAAUUUGAGGAUGAGCGGAAUGAGCGAGAGGCUCUCGAGGAAGACGUCAACGCUCUACGCGACAAGCUUACUGCCACGAACAUCGAGAUGGAGAGUAGGGAGAACGAGUUUAGGGUUCUCGAGGCCGAGUUGCGAGCCGACAUGGACGAGCGAGAUGCCGAGUGGAGACAGGAGAUGGCCGAGCUGGGAUCCCGUGUGGAAGAACUACAGGAUGCGCUGGCUGCUCGCGAAGAAGAGCUUCGAGAAGUCCGACUCCGGAAUGAGGACCUCGAAGAAAACACGACUAUACUUCAUGACCAGGUCGAAACUGCGUUUGCUCACGUCGAAAACGAGCGUAAUGCUCUGAUAAACGAAAAGGAAGAUCGUGAGGCCGAACUGGAAGCUGCGAAUGCUGAUAUCGCCGCUCAAGGGAAGAGGAUAUACGAGUUGGAGGAGGCGCUGGAAGCUGCGCAGGCUGCUGAAGCCGAGGCAAGGCAGGAGCGAGAGGUGGAGAUGCAAGUCGUGGCGGCGCUCAAGGAGAAAUUAUCCACAGCUAAAAACGAACUUCGAUCACUACAGACCUCUUAUACCGCACUCGAAGAUCAAUUAGCUGCUCAAAGAGAGCGAGAAACAGAGAUGUCGCGUCGAGACGACCUCAUUGCUGAGGAGAUGGAGGACCUGCGGGCUAUUCGAGAAGAGCUAGAGGCCGAGAAGCGUGCGCUGGAAGACGAUCUCAUGAGGACGGAAGAUAAGUGGGAGAAGGAGCGUGCUGAUAGGGAAAGAGAAGGGAAGAUCUGGGCUGGACGUCUAGAGGACGCCGAGCGGCUGCAAGCAAGGGCGGUGGAUGAACUCGAGCACGAUUUGGAGCAUGCUCGAGAACAGCUGCGAUCUGUCGAGUUGACUUUGGCCCAGCGAGAUGCCGAUCUAGCGGCAGUCCAAGCCGCACUUCGUUCGUUGGAAACAGCGCGCGAGAACUCUACCACCGAUAAGUUCUCCAUGGAGCUCGAGUUGGAUCGGUUACGACGAGACUUGGAGAGGUGCGAAGACGAACUUGCGCGUGCUCGACGAGAGUUGGCAGAUGCAGAGAGUAGAGGUCGUGAGAGGGAGGCUGUGGUGGACAAGAUGCACGCGGAGAAACGAGACCUGGAAACGCAGCUCGCAGUUCAGCGCCAGACUCGACUGAACCUCUCAGAAAAGCUCGAUGCGGCCCAGGCGAACCUGAAAACCAUCGAGACCGACGCCGCCUCCCAUAAGCUCCGUAUAACUGAGCUCGAAUCGCGAUUAAGCAAGGACCAAAGAUCACACGCAACCACCGAAGCACAAUACCGCGAGCAAAUCACGGAGCGGAACACACUCCUGUUAACGAUCUGCAAAUACAUAGAUCAGGUACUGGGUGCUGACAAGAAGCGAAGUGGUGAUGGGAAACCGUUCACGAAUUUCUCCGUGUUUCAUGAUCGGAUUUUGGAGCGUUUGAGGUCGCUGACGAUGAUCAACACCGAGUUUGUGAAGCGCUCGCAAGAAUUAGAAGCACGGUUGAUGGGCAAGAUUCAGGAGCUGAACAAGGCAUUGGAUGCCCGCAUGAAGGGACUGGACAAAUUCGAAGUGAGCUUGAAGACGGUCGCCGAGGCAAGGCAAGGGUGGCGAAAGAAACUUGGGGCAAAAGAAGGCGAACUCGAUGCGCUUCGAGCACAUAACGACGAGCUCACGAUCCAACUCCGCCAGCUCCGACGCGCUUCCUCGGGCGAAGGCGUUCUCGCUAGCACCGAAAUCAAAUCUCUGUCGGCCCGAGCCCAAAAUGCCGAACGGCGCUUACAAAACGCUCAGAACUUGCUUGCUGCUGCCGAAGAGCGGUUCACGCAACAGUCCGAGAGGAAUUCAGGUUCAGAGAUGAGGUGGGAGGCGAGAGUGAAAGAAUAUGAGGGGCGGGUGAGGGCUGCGGAAGAGAAGGUGAAGAGGGAAAGACAGGGCGCAAAGGAGAGAACUACUGAGUUGGAGAACGCGAUUAGGUCCCUGGAGAGACAACUAGAAAGGGAGAAGAAACGUAGUGCCCAGCUCAGCGAUAUGAACGACCUGAACAAGGUCAACCCUGGCAGUUCAUAG